GCUCACUCUUGUGCUGUAGUACCUGGCCGUAACAUCUCCUCAGUUGAAGUGAUCUGUGUGCACACUUUUUGUACGAAAAUCAAAACGCAAGAUGAGCAAGGAGAAAAAGAAACUAAAUCGAUCAAAAACAGUGUAUGAAAAGAAAUACACACAAGAAGAUGUACGUAAUGCGUUAAAAGAAAUAGAAAAGGGCAUAUCGACACGAAGGGCUGCUGCUACAUUCAAAGUGCCAAGAAGUACUUUGUACGCAAAGACGUCAUUCCAGUCGAAGGUAUGAGAGGCCCGGGUACCUACUUAACAGCUGAAGAGGAAAAAUUGUUGGUAGAUUGGAUUUUUUACUGUGGUGAAAGAGGUUUUCCGGUUACAAAAUCUCUACUGCUACAGUGCGUGCAAAAAUUGGUUACUGAAUUAGGAAGGAAAAAUCCUUUCAAAAAUAACCAGCCAGGCAGACACUGGUGGGAGUGUUUUUGUAGACGUCAUCCUGAAAUAAGCUCAAGAGUUGCCCAAAAUUUGAAUAUGAAUCGGGUGUCAGUCUCAGAAGAUGCUUUAAAUAGUUGGUUUAAUGAAGUCAAAGAAUAUUUAAAGAAGCUUGAUUUAUUAGAUAUCGAUCCAUCGAGAGUCUUUAAUUUAGACGAAAGUGCUUUUUUUCUUGUCCCAAAGGGAGACUCAGUGUUGGCCCGCAGAGGAUCAAAGACUGUGUAUAAAGUUGUACACGGUGACGAAAAAGAAAGCAUAACUGUCUUGUUUACGGUAAAUUCUCAAGGUACUUUAUUACCACCAUUCUUUACUGGUAUGAGAGGAUUCCAGCUCUUGUUACAAGCAACCUACCUAAAGGAUGGCUAGCUGGGAAUACCGAAAGAGGAUGGAUGACUGCAGAAAGUUUUUUCAACUAUAUAAGUACUCAAUUUCAUCCUUGGCUUGUAAAAAACAAAAUACAAUUUCCAGUGAUUUUAUUUGUUGAUGGCCAUGUAUCUCAUCUGACAUUAGCUUUGGCACAGUUUUGUAAAGCUAACCAGAUUGAACUCAUAGCUUUGUAUCCCAAUGCAACGCACAUUUUGCAGCCGUUAGACGUUGCAGUGUUCCAUCCGUUAAAGUCUAAAUGGAAGAAAACAGUCGACGAGUGGAGAAUUGAAAAUGGUUCGCAAAAACUGAAGAGAAAAAAUUUUGCUCCUGUUUUGAAAAAAGCUUUGGAUGCAAUGCCAAAUUUACCAAAAAUCAUUCAAAAUGGUUUUAGAACUUGUGGUCUUUUACCAUUUUCUUCUGAGACUGUGGACUUUAAUGUUCUGAAUAAAAAAAAGAAAAAGAAUGGAGAGUCAACAGAACAUACGAAUCAAGAGUUAUCAGCUACGAGCGCAGAAGAAGAGGAUGCUAAGAAACAUCUUAAAUACAUGGAACAACAAUUAAGUCCUGAUACUCUUAAAGAUUUUGAACAGGCAUUAUCUAGUGGAAGUUUCGAGAUUAGUAACAGUGCUAAUGAAGGACUUUUCAAAUAUUGGCUGGAUACAAAGCGUCUUUCUGGUAGUCUGGUGGUCUUUCUAUAGUACAACUACUAUAUAAAAUGAAAUGAAAUAUUUAAUUUAACAUUGUUGUACCCUACUAAUAUUUUAUUUAGGAGAGAAUGUGAGAGUAAGUAAUGUGUCUACGAAUGAGAACUCCGGACAGGACACAAAUGAUGUA